AUGCGCAACUCGAUGCUCACGGCCGGACAGGAGCCCGCCAACAUCGCGUAUCACUUUGAGACGCGCGUCGGCAAGCGCCGAUGGCUGGAGCGCGGGAAGCGGGACAAGUCUGGCUCUCCGGCGGCGGUUGAGACUUCGAGCUCUGCGCGAAAUGCAGAGGAAGUCGAAGGCUAG